AUGGAGUUAGAUAUUGAACUCAAACCACACAAGUUUGGAGGAGUUAGUGUUGACUGUGACCGCUUGGGAAUAGGAGAAAAUUGGACAGUUACUCCCUGGCCAGGAGUGAAGUCUGGCCGAGCGCGGGCAGCCUGUGGGUCGGUGGCCGUGAGGCAGGAGCCGCUUCCAGCAGUUGAUUCCAGCAUUCCUUUUUUGCAGUUGACUAAAGGUGUUCAUCUGGCUGAAGCUCUCUACAACUAUGAUGCGAGGGGACCGGAUGAACUUGCCUUACAAAUAGGUGACACUGUGCACAUAUUAGAAACAUAUGAAGGUUGGUACAGAGGUUAUACACUACGAAAAAAAUCCAAGAAGGGCAUAUUUCCUGCCUCGUAUAUACAUCUUAAGGAAGCAAUAGUUGAAGGCAAAGGACAACAUGAAACAGUUAUACCUAAUGAGCUCCCCUUGAUUCAGGAGGUUACCACAACGCUGCGGGAAUGGUCUAUAAUAUGGCGGCAAUUAUAUGUUCAAGAUAACAGAGAAAUGUUUCGCAGUGUACGGCACAUGAUAUAUGAUCUUAUUGAGUGGAGAUCUCAAAUACUGUCUGGGACCCUACCCCAAGAUGAGCUCAAAGAACUGAAAAAGAAAGUGACUGCCAAAAUUGAUUAUGGCAACAGAAUUCUUGAUUUGGAUCUGGUUGUUAGAGAUGAAGAUGGCAAUAUUUUGGACCCAGAGCAGACCAGCACGAUUAGCCUUUUCAGAGCACACGAAAUAGCUUCCAAGCAAGUUGAAGAGAGGCUACAGGAGGAAAAAUCUCAGAAACAGAAUAUCGAUAUCAACAGACAAGCUAAGUUUGCUGCCACUCCUUCAUUUGCUUUAUUUGUAAAUUUAAAAAAUGUAGUCUGUAAAAUAGGAGAAGAUGCUGAAGUCCUGAUGUCUCUGUAUGAUCCACUGGAAUCAAAAUUUAUCAGUGAAAACUACUUAGUGCGAUGGUCAAGCUGUGGACUCCCUAAAGAUAUAGACAGAUUGCAUAACCUUCGAGCAGUGUUCACGGACCUGGGCAGCAAAGACCUGAAAAGAGAGAAAAUCAGUUUCGUCUGUCAGAUUGUGCGAGUGGGCAGGAUGGAGCUGAGGGACAACAACACGAGAAAACUAACUUCUGGGCUGCGACGACCUUUUGGAGUAGCAGUAAUGGACGUUACUGACAUAAUUAACGGAAAAGUUGACGAUGAGGACAAACAGCACUUCAUACCAUUUCAACCGCUAGCGUUGGAUGACGCCAUUCGACACAAGCAGCUGAACAUAUCAUCCCGUUUUUCACCCAGGGUGGCAGGGGAGAAUGAUUUCCUUCAGACUGUUAUAAACAAAGUGAUUGCUGCUAAAGAAGUUAACCACAAGGGUCAGGGUUUGUGGGUGACUUUGAAACUUCUUCCAGGAGAUAUUCAUCAGAUUAGGAAGGAGUUUCCACACCUAGUGGAUAGGUCAACAGCUGUGGCUCGGAAAAUGGGGUUUCCUGAGAUCAUUAUGCCUGGUGAUGUUCGUAAUGACAUCUAUGUAACAUUGGUUCAGGGAGAUUUUGACAAAGGCAGUAAAACAACAGCGAAGAAUGUAGAAGUUACAGUGUCUGUUUAUGAUGAAGAUGGCAAAAGAUUAGAGAGCGUUAUUUUUCCUGGCGCUGGUGAUGAAGCCAUCUCAGAGUACAAGUCAGUAAUAUAUUACCAAGUAAAGCAGCCUCGCUGGUUUGAGACUGUAAAGGUUGCAAUCCCCAUUGAAGAUGUGAACCGGAGUCAUUUAAGGUUCACGUUUCGUCAUAGAUCAUCACAGGACUCCAAAGAUAAAUCUGAGAAAAUAUUUGCCUUAGCUUUUGUGAAGCUCAUGAGAUAUGAUGGAACAACUUUGAGAGAUGGAGAGCACGACCUUAUAGUUUACAAGGCAGAAGCUAAGAAGCUGGAGGAUGCCUCAACAUAUUUAAGUCUGCCAUCCACUAAAAUAGAAUUGGAGGAAAAGGGACACUCUGCAACAGGGAAGAGCAUGCAGAACCUCGGAAGCUGCACCAUCAGCAAAGACUCUUUCCAGAUUUCUACUCUAGUGUGUUCAACAAAACUUACCCAGAACGUUGAUCUCUUGGGACUGCUGAAAUGGCGAUCAAACACAAACCUGUUGCAGCAGAAUUUGAAGCAGCUGAUGAAAGUUGAUGGUGGUGAAGUGGUUAAGUUUCUUCAAGAUACGUUGGAUGCACUUUUUAACAUAAUGAUGGAAAACUCGGAGAGUGAGACAUUUGACACGUUAGUGUUUGAUGCUUUGGUGUUUAUCAUUGGACUGAUUGCUGACAGAAAAUUUCAACAUUUUAAUCCUGUCUUGGAAACCUACAUUAAGAAGCAUUUCAGUGCCACGUUAGCCUACACAAAACUGACUAAAGUUUUGAAAACAUACGUGGAUAAUGCUGAGAAGUGUGGUAUCACUGAUCAGCUCUUUAAAGCUAUGAAAGCUUUGGAGUACAUCUUCAAGUUCAUAGUCCGGUCCAGGAUAUUGUUCAAUCAACUUUAUGAAAACAAAGGAGAAGCAGACUUCAGGGAGUCUCUGCUGCAGCUCUUUAAGUCCAUCAAUGAGAUGAUGAGCAGCAUCUCUGAUCAAACUGUCAUAGUGAAGGGGGCAGCACUUAAAUACUUGCCAGCCAUUGUCAAUGAUGUGAAAUUGGUGUUUGAUCCAAAAGAACUUAGCAAACUCUUUACUGAAUUCAUCCUAAAUGUUCCCGUGAGCCGGCUCACGAUCCAGAAGCUGUACUGCUUGAUAGAAAUAGUUCACAGUGACCUCUUCACACAGCAUG